ACCCAGUAAGUUUCACAACGUGACGACGGAAGAAGGGUCCACUUGUCUUUCGGGCCCUUGGCAAGACGAGGUGGAUACCAGCACCACUUCCGCCGGCAGCUGCCCUAUGCCUGCCGCGAUUGGCUCCAGCCGAGAGCGCUCAUGUCCCGGAACACUUGAACGGCGCGGAGCCGCACCUGUGGCCACGUUGGGCUCAAAUUCCUGGUGUAAACCUCACUGCUACCCAACCCCAUCCCCGCCCCCGCCCCCGCCAGACGGUUUGCCGGAAUCGUUGUGUCAUCGGAAGGAAAAAUUUUAAAAAAAAUUUUUGCAUCGCUCUUCGGGUUUUGACAUGCCUUCCUGACGUCAUAGCCUUGCGGAAGUGGAAGACAAGGUUGGGGGACUCUGAGGUAACCAGAUCUUUGAUCUGAGUCCAGACUCCCUGACCUCACUACAUUUGGAGGACCUGGGGGAUAGGGCAAAGAAAGAGGUGGGCUGGCUUCGAGGAGCUGGGGCCUGCAAGUUUCAAGGCCAAAACCUGGAAGUCAGGAGGCUCACUUAGUCCUGAUCCACUGUGUAUAAAGGAGACUUUUUCCCUCUUAGGACCUUAUGGAGCCCAGAGGAACCAAGAGAGCAGAAAAGACCGAGGUAGCCGAACCUCGGAACAAACUUCCCUAUUCAGCAUCCUCACUACCCACAGAGCCUGCGCUCUACUCUGGACCCUUUCCUUUCUACCGGCGCCCUUCAGAACUAGGCCGCUUCUCUCUGGAUGCACAACGCCAAUACCAUGGAGAUGCCCGAGCCCUUCGCUACUACAGCCCACCCCCCACAAACGGUCCAGGUCCUGAGUUUGACCUCAGAGAUGGAUAUCCUGAUCGAUACCAGCCCCGGGAUGAAGAAGUCCGGGAGGGGCUGGACCAUUUGCUACGCUGGCUUCUGGAACACCGAGGCCAGCUGGAGGGGGGUCCAGGCUGGCUGGCAGGGGCCAUAGUGACAUGGCGGGGACACUUGACAAAGUUGCUGACAACACCAUAUGAACGCCAGGAAGGCUGGCAGCUGGCAGCCUCCAGGUUCCAGGGGACACUGUACCUGAGUGAGGUGGAGACACCUGCAGCUCGGGCUCAGAGGCUUGCUCGGCCACCCCUUCUCCGGGAGCUUAUGUACAUGGGGUACAAGUUUGAGCAGUACAUGUGUGCAGACAAACCUGGAGGCUCUCCAGACCCCUCUGGGGAGGUUAACACCAACAUCGCCUUCUGCUCUGUGCUACGCAGCCGCCUAGGAAACCACCCUCUACUCUUCUCAGGGGAGGUAGACUGCACAGACCCCCAGGCCCCAUCCACACAGCCCCCCACCUGCUAUGUGGAGCUCAAGACCUCCAAGGAGAUGUACAGCCCUGGACAAUGGAGAAGCUUCUACAGACACAAGCUUCUGAAAUGGUGGGCUCAGUCAUUCCUCCCAGGAGUCCCAAAAGUUGUUGCUGGCUUCCGUAACCCAGAGGGUUUUGUCUGUUCCCUCAAGACCUUUCCUACCAUGGAGAUGUUUGAACAUGUCAGGAAUGACCGUGAUGGCUGGAAUCCCUCUGUGUGCAUGAACUUCUGUUCUGCCUUCCUUAGUUUUGCCCAGAGCACAGUUGUCCAGGAUGACUCCAGGCUUGUCCACCUUUUCUCCUGGGAACCUGGUGGCCCAGUCACAGUAUCUGUACAUCGAGAUGCACCCUAUGCCUUCCUGCCUAUGUGGUAUGUGGAAGCCAUGACCCAGGACCUCCCAUCAGUUCCCAAGACACCCUCCCCCACAGAAUGAUGCUUCAAGAGGUCAAUUCUGUCUGCACAGAUAAUAAAGUCUUUCUAAGUGGUU